AUGGAUAAAAGUAGGAUGAACCUGCCCAAGCGGCCGGACACGCUGUGCUUUGACAAGGACGAGUUCAUGAAGGUGCGCCCGGGGGACUGCGCGCCCCGAGCCGAAGCGGAUGGCCUGUCUUCCUUUCCCUCCGGGGCCUCCUCCAGGUGCUGGCCGUGCAUGCCCCAGAUCAGCCCCCGGCGCGACCUCGCUGCCUUUGCAGAAGACUUUGAUGUCGAUCACUCUGUGUCUGACUGUCAGAAGCGAGUGCAGCUGAAGCACUUAGAGCUGACCUGGAGCUCUGCUGUAGCCGCCUAA